CCGAAAAGAAGCAGCAGAGAGAAGUAUCGGACGGGACCAUUUUCCAUAAAAAUGACAAAAACACUCCGCCACUCGACACUAAAGCCUGUUUUGUGAGCUGUUCAAAGUAGUGCAAAGUGCUUUUCUCAUUAUUCUUAAUAAUACCGGGAGGAUCCGCCAAAUAUUAAGCCGCUAAUGGAGGAAGCCUCGCUGGAGGACGAGACGGUUGUGGGAACCGGAGAGAGGACCGGAGGACCCGACCAGGGACAGGAGUUUACAUCCUCCCCCGAAGCUGCCACGUUCAUGUCCAGCAUUGAGCCUGCGGAGCUGCAGAGGUGUGUGUUUUCAGACUCCCUGGUGGCCGUGUCAGAGGGAGGCAGGAACCUGGGGAACUUCGACCUGGUGGUGGAGUUUGCUCGGAGGGCGGAACGGCCCUGUGUGCGGGUGCGAGCCCAGAGCCAUGGAGCCAUCGAUGACUGCCCCUGUGGAACCACAGUGACAGCCUAUCUAACCACUGACCUGGAGGUUCUGGAGGAAGAUUGCCAUGAGUAUGUCAAACUUAAGGGCAGCAGCGUGGACAAGAGAUGUCACAUGGUGCAACGUGACGGACAGAUGAUGAUCAAUGAAGUUACCAGAAUGGGAGAGGAGGUGACAAAAAAGAGCAUUUCAUAUCCCGUUUCUGCUCUCCGUGGGUUGGUAACGGAGGGCUCCAGCUUGCUGCUCAUGCGACUGAUCGCUCUCAGAAAGAAAAUGCCAGAAAACACCAUGUUUGUCUCACUGGACCAAGAAUUCCGCAUAGUUCACACAACUUUUAGUGAGCUGGGUUUUAAGGAGCUUGAAGCUCAGGGUGGGAUCCUGAAGGUAUUUGGAGUGGAGAGGAUUGUUCACUCAGUGAAAGAGAGCCCCCUUACCUGGCAGAGCUACUUUUUGGAUGAUGGACACCUGGCCAGCAGAGAACAGGUGGGAUCACCUGUGACCAUGAGGCUUCUGCAUCUGCCAUCAAAGACAGAAAAAGCUGCGCUAGUGUUGGAAGAGGACAUGGAGAUGCAAUCAAAGUUUCUGGACAGAAAGGAAGAGAUAAAGGCGGACCACGCCCAGUACCUCCAACAGCAUCCAGAGAUCCGAGCCCUCAUAUCUGACUUCCUGCAAUCCCUGUUACUGAGAAAACCAGACGACGUGGUCCAGUUCGCAGGCGAAUACUUCCUUCCUUUUGCCUCUCAUCGUCCUCCAGAUCCAAAUACUAAAGCCCAGUCAAUCUAAAAGCACACAUAAGAGUAUAUCUCUCAACUUCUUCAUUAUUUUUUACAUCCUACUCUACUUUUAUAAUAAAGUUACAAAAAGAUUUAGUAAUUGCAUUCCUAUUUUCUUCUGUGUGAUAAAUGACUUGUGGUAUAUUUUAAAAGAACAGUGGCAACAUUUUGUGAUCAUUC